AUGCAGGAGGACUUGGUGUGGAAUGCUUCCUACAGUGAUUUCAUCCUGAAUGGAUUCUCUGAACUAGGAGAGUGGAGACCCUUCCUCUUCACCCCCUUCCUGCUCAUGUUCUUACUGUCACUUUCUGCCAACUCUUUUCUCCUGUUCAUCAUCAUAUCACAGAAUACUCUACACACACCCAUGUGUAUUCUGAUCGCUGGGAUGGCAGUUGUAGAUCUCAUUCUCCCUGUGUUCUUUGUCCCCAACAUGCUGUUCAGUUUCUUGCUCGACUGGAGAGGAAUCUCUCUGGCAGGUUGUCUCAUGCAAAUGUUCUGCAUUCAUUUCAUUGGUGCAUUUCAGUCAACUUUUUUGAUAUGGAUGGCACUGGAUCGAUAUUUUGCUAUUUGUACACCACUGUACUACCAUAACUGCAUGACCAUCAACAAUGUUAUGAAAUAUGUAAUUCCCCCCUUGAUAAGAAAUGCUCUUCUGAUUAUACAAAUAGUUAUCCUGGCUGGAAGAUUGUCUUUUUGCCAUACCAAUGUAAUAGACCACUGCUUUUGUGAGCACAUGGCUCUUGUUCAUCUGGCAUGUGGGAGUAUCUACAUUAACAACCUCACUGGGUUGCUUGCAGUUUUUCUUAUUCCUACGGCUGACUUUAUUUUCAUAACUAUAUCUUAUGUGAUCAUAUUUGUGUCUGUGUUCAGAUCCGGUAGGUCCCAAGUCAAGGCCAUUAACACCUGUCUCACUCACAUCAUUGUAAUGACUUUGAGUUUAAUAAUUGGCCUGCUUGCCUUUAUGUCAUACCGAAUUAAAAACAAUAUCUCACAAAGUAGCAGGGUGUUUAUAAGCACAAUGUACUUGCUUUUCCCAAGUUGUUUAAAUCCUAUUAUAUAUGGAAUCAGAACUAAAGAAAUAAGAGAACGUGCACUAUCGUGGCUACACUUAUCAAAAGGCGUUUCAUGUCCUUGA